AUGGCCGUCUCGGUGGAUUCGUCUUGGUACCGGUGGCAGUGGCGAGUCAGAGAUGGCCUCCCACAGUCUCCAUCAGAAGCCACACCACUGCUGUCCCCAGAGGAGGGGCCGCAGAGCUACAACCUGGCGCAGCAGCGGGUCGUGUUCCCCAACAACAACGUACUCCACCAGGACUGGGCCAAGGUCUCCAGGAGAUACUGUGGUAACAGAAUCUGCACCACCAAGUAUACCCUCUUCACCUUCCUGCCUCAGAAUCUCUUGGAGCAGUUUCACAGAUGGGCUAACCUCUAUUUCCUGUUCCUGGUGAUUCUGAACUGGAUGCCCUCCAUGGAAGUCUUCCACAGGGAAAUCACCAUGUUACCGUUGGCCAUUGUCCUGUUCAUCAUCAUGGUCAAGGAUGGCAUAGAGGACUUCAAGAGACACCGCCUUGAUAGAGAGAUAAACUGCUCCAACAUCCAGAUAUAUGAAAGAAAAGAGCAGAGCUACACGCAGAAGUGCUGGAAGGAUGUGCGAGUGGGGGACUUCGUCCAAGUGCAGUGCAAUGAGAUCAUCCCGGCCGACAUGCUCCUCCUCUUCUCCUCGGACCCCAGUGGGAUCUGUCACCUGGAAACCUCCAACUUGGAUGGAGAGACAAACCUCAAACAGAGGCGUGUUGUAAAGGGCUUCACAGAGCAGGAGGUACAGUUCCAACCAGAACGUUUCCACAACACCAUCGUGUGUGAGAAGCCUAACAACCACCUUAACAGGUUUAAGGGUUAUAUGGAACAUCCUGACCAGAGCAGAACCGGCUUUGGCAGUGAGAGUCUUCUGCUUCGAGGCUGCACCGUCAGAAACACCAAAGUGGCUGUUGGCAUUGUCAUCUAUGCAGGCCAUGAGACAAAAGCCAUGCUGAACAACAGCGGCCCGCAGUACAAACGCAGCAAGAUCGAGCGGCGCAUGAACACAGAUGUCUUCUUCUGCAUCGGGAUCCUCUUCCUCAUGUGCCUCACUGGGGCUGUAGGUCACAGCCUCUGGAAUGGAACCUUUGCAGAACACCCUCCCUUUGACGUGCCGGAUGCCGAGAGCCACUUCCUUCCCCUUGCCCUUGGAGGCUUCUACAUGUUCCUCACCAUGAUCAUUUUGCUCCAGAUACUGAUCCCAAUCUCCCUGUACGUGUCCAUUGAGCUGGUGAAGCUCGGGCAAGUCUUCUUCCUGCACAACGACCUUGACCUGUAUGAUGAAGAGACCCAUUUGUCCAUUCAGUGUCGAGCCCUCAACAUCACCGAGGACUUGGGCCAGAUCCAGUACAUCUUCUCUGACAAGACGGGGACGCUGACCGAGAACAAGAUGGUGUUCAGGCGUUGUACCAUCAUGGGCCACGAGUAUUCUCACCAAGAAAAUGCUAAGCGACUAGAGACCCCCAAGGAGCUGGACUCAGACAGUGAAGAGUGGACCCAAUACCAGUGCUUGUCCUUCCCAGCCCGAAGGGACCAGGGACCAGCAACAGUAAGGGGCCAAGGAGGGUCCCAGCCUCUGAGGAGGAGCCAGAGUGCCCGGGCACGCAUCCAGGGCCACUUGCGACAAAGGUCCACGGGGCGCUGUGAAAUCUCACAGCCCCCUGUGGCCUUCAGCAGCUCCAUAGAAAAAGACGUGACUCCAGAUAAAAACCUCCUGACCAAGGUACGAGAUGCAGCCCUGUGGCUGGAGACCCUGUCAGACAGCAGACCUGCCAAGCCUUCCCUCUCCACCACCUCCUCCACUGCUGACUUCUUCCUGGCCUUGACCAUCUGCAACUCCGUCACGGUCUCCACGACCGCAGAGCCCCGUCAGAGGGUCACAGUGCCACCCUUGACCAAGGCUCUGGUGACAUCCCUGGAGAAGAUUCAGCAGCUGUUCCACAGGUUGAAGCUUUCGAGCCUCAGCCAGUCAUUCUCGACCACCGCACCCUCCGACAUGGGCCUGGGGGAGAGUUUGGGGGCCAACAUGCCCACCACGGACUCGGAAGAGAGAGACGACACGUCUGUGAGCAGUGGCGGCUACUCCACUGACGGCGGCUACAGGAGCAGCACGUGGGAGCAGGGUGACGUCCUGGGGGCGGGCCCGGGUGCCUCCCUGGAGGAGGUGCUGCAGGCCCCGGCCCUCAGCCUGGCCGGCCCCGAAGUCUGUUACGAGGCCGAGAGCCCGGAUGAGGCUGCCCUGGUGCACGCUGCCCGUGCCUACAGCUUCACGCUGGUGUCCCGGACGCCCAGGCAGGUGACCGUGCGCUUGCCCCAGGGCACCUGCCUCACCUUCGAUGUCCUCUGCACCCUGGAGUUCGACUCUGUCAGGAAGAGGAUGUCCGUGGUCGUGAGGCACCCGCUGACCGGUGAGAUCGUCGUCUACACCAAGGGUGCCGACUGCGUUAUCAUGGACCUGCUGGAAGACCCAGUCUGCGCGACUGACACUGAUGUGGAAAAGAAGGUGAGGAAGAUCCGAGCCCAGACCCAGAGGCAUCUAGACUUGUAUGCAAGAGACGGCCUUCGAACACUGUGCAUCGCCAAGAAGAUCUUAAGUGAAGAGGACUUCCAGAGAUGGGCCAGUUUCCGGCGUGAGGCUGAGGCGUCCCUCAACAACAGAGAUGAGCUUCUCAUGGAGACAGCACAGCACCUGGAGAAUCAACUCACCUUACUCGGAGCCACUGGGAUCGAAGACCGGCUGCAGGAAGGAGUUCCAGACACGGUCGCUGCUCUGCGGGAGGCUGGGAUCCGGCUCUGGGUGUUGACUGGAGAUAAGCAGGAGACAGCAGUCAAUAUUGCCUAUGCCUGCAGACUGUUAGACCAGACGGACACCGUUUAUUCCAUUAACACAGAAAGUCAGGAAACCUGUGAAUCCAUCCUCAACUUGGUAUUGGAAGAGGUAAAGCAAUUUCAUGGACCACAGAAGCCGGACCACAAGCUCUCUGGGUUCCGCCUACCUUCUGCGACGCCACCCCCCGCCUCAGGAGCUGCAGUUCCAGAGGUUGGAUUGGUCAUAGAUGGGAAGACGUUGAAUGCCAUUUUCCAGGGCAAACUGGAGGAGAAAUUUCUGGAGUUGACCCAGUAUUGCCGGUCUGUCCUGUGCUGCCGCUGCACCCCACUGCAGAAGAGUACGCUCGUCAAGCUGGUGCGAGACAGGCUAAGAGUCAUGACCCUUUCCAUAGGUGAUGGAGCAAAUGACGUGAGCAUGAUUCAAGCUGCUGAUGUUGGGAUUGGCAUCUCUGGACAGGAAGGCAUGCAGGCCGUCAUGUCCAGCGACUUUGCCAUCUCCCGCUUCAGACACCUCAAGAAGCUGCUGCUUGUGCACGGACACUGGUGUUACUCACGCCUGGCCAGGAUGGUGGUGUACUACUUCUACAAGAACGUGGGCUACGUCAACCUGCUCUUCUGGUACCAGUUCUUCUGCGGUUUCUCUGGCUCCACCAUGAUCGAUUACUGGCAGUUGAUCUUCUUCAAUCUCUUCUUCACCUCCUUGCCUCCUCUUGUCUUCGGAGUCCUCGAUAAAGACAUCUCUAUGGAAACGCUCCUGGCGUUGCCUGAGCUGUACAAGAGUGGCCAGAACUCUGAGUGCUAUAACCUGCUGACUUUCUGGAUUUCCAUGGCGGAUGCGUUCUACCAGAGCCUCGUCUGUUUCUUUAUCCCCUACCUGACCUACAAGGAUUCUGAUAUCGACGUCUUUACCUUUGGAACACCCAUCAACACCGUUUCCCUCGCCACAAUCCUCCUGCACCAGGCAAUGGAAAUGAAGACCUGGACCAUCAUCCACGGGCUUGUUCUCGCAGGCAGCUUCCUGAUGUACUUUGUGGUAUCCCUAGUGUACAACGCCACCUGCGUCAUCUGCAACAGUCCCAUCAACCCCUACAGGGUGAUGGAAGGCCAGCUCUCGGACCCCACUUUCUACCUCGUCUGCUUCCUCACACCGGUCGUGGCUCUUCUCCCAAGGUACUUUUUCCUGGCUCUACAAGGGACAUACGGGGAGUCUCCGAUCUUAAAAGCUCAGAAAAUUGACAAACUCCCCAUGGACAAAAGAGAGCUGGAAAUCCAGAGUUGGAGAAGCCGACAGAGGCCUGCCACUGUCCCUGGAGAGGCCCAGCCCACCCACCGUCCAGGGCCACCUGCCCCAGAACACAGCUUCAGAGUCAGCACCCCAAAGAGCUCGAGCCCUGUGGAGUGCAAGUCCAAAGAGGACUGGGUGCUGCCCGGAGAGAGAUGCAGUGGGGACCACAUAAGGGAUGACCCGUGCUCACGGGACUCCUGGGCUCAAUUCUCAUCUGGGGAGCACCUUCUCCUGGAGCCUAGUAGGGUGAUGGCGUCCGGAGCCUACUCAAGUGGACAGACGAACUCAAACCCGCCCUUCAGCCAGGGCAGCCAUCGCCGAUCCCAGAGUUCACUGACAAUAUGAGGGGCCUGCAGAGAUCUGCACAAACUCAGAGGAGGCCGCUAAUCACUGGCUUAAUUAACCACGACUCUUCCUCUUCGUGAAGGGAAGAAUGUGGCCGUCUUAUCCUCUUCUCCCCACCAGGCUUGACUUCCUUAGAGGAAGU